CCUUCGUCGUCGUCGUCGUCAGAGGAUCUUCUUAGUUUUCUCUCGUUUGUCGAUUUGCGUCAAUCGUUUCGUAAUCUGUUACCAAAUCUCGAAAUCGUUUGCUCUCUGCUUCUUCUCGACUCGACGUCACUGUUUCUAACCGGCUUUAGAUAAUGUCCGGCUCAACUUCUUCACUCGGGGCUCCUUGUGCCUAUAGCAAUCACGAGCUCGAGGAACUUCGCUCCAAACACGAGCACCUUGAAAGGUUGGAGCAAUUGAUUAUGGAAGAGCUAAAGACAGAACAACGGACUCCGAUGGAGAAAUUGUUGCAAGGCCACCGUCUCCGGAGACUGACCGAUUCUAUCAUACUUAAGACUCGGGAACUUGUUCAAACCGAUGAAAAGGAGGAUCUUGAUGCAGUUUUAUCUGCAAUUUUGUCUCGACUGGAACAGUCCUAUGACAAGAAGGAUGGGGAGAUUAAAUAUGCAAUAGCUCCGCAUGGUGACCCGACUGCAACGUUUACGAAUUUGUCUGAUGCAUUUUUUUCUCGACUGGAAGAGCUACAUGAAUAUCAUAGAAUUCAUCCUUCUGAAUGCCUUGCUGAUGCUCAUGAAGCACUCCUCAAGGAUGAACCAGUAAUUGGGUUCAGUGUAGAGGAAUGCUCUGGUCGGUUCUUGGACUUGCAUGAUAUGUAUAACAAAUACAUCAGCUCUGAUUUUGGGGAAAGAGUUGAAUAUUCUGCUUAUCUUGAUGUUUUUUCCCAACCAGAUAAAAUACCGCGUAAACUUAAGCUGUCGAGGCAAUACGCAGAGUAUAUGGAAGCUCUGCUAGAGUAUUUAAUUUACUUUUUCCAAGGAACUGAGCCGCUGCAAGAUUUGGACAGAAUACUCCACAAGGUUGAAACUGAUUUUGAAGAGCAGUAUGCAGAGGGGAAAGUGAAAGGCGGGGAGAACCACCAUGACCAGGAACAUGAGCCUAAUCCAUCUCAUCCUGCUGUUGUGGAUCUUGAUUGCUAUACCAGAGUUGAGGAACUGGUAGAUGUGGAGCUUGAAAAGCUAACGAAGGCGUUGGUGGCAUUGGGACUGAGCACUAGUGGUACUCAGCAGCAGUGUGCUGAGAGACUUUUCCUGACGAAGCAAGCGCGACUGGAAAAGAAACAUUCGCUAAUGGAGGCCAAAAUGAAGAAACUCUGCGAUUUACUUGAUGAGGCAAUCGAGAGGACAAAACAAAACGUAGAAAAGAAGAGAAAGGCUUUGACAUUUGAAGUGAUGGAGGAAGAGGAAGCUCAUACAGAGUCAGAAAGUGUAGCAAUGGGUUGGGAUGGGAAGCCAAUACCAUACUGGCUCUACAAACUCGGCCUUGGCCAGGAAUAUAAAUGUGAGAUUUGUGGAAACUAUAGCUAUGGGGGAAAAAGGGCUUUUGAGAGACAUUUUGAAGAAUGGCGUCACGCACGCGGAUUGCUUCGUUUGGGAAUCAAAGGGAAGGUCAACAGAAUCACUUUGGUUGAGGAAGCAAAAGAUCUGUGGAAUACGUUACCAGAGAGUCAAAAAGUGCGGCUCCGGGCUGACGGGAAUCUCAGACCACUUCCUCGUUUGAAGGAUCAGGAAAUCAAAGAGAGCAAUCCACGUCAAGCUCCAACGGGUGUAGCAAUUCCACCUCCAGAUAUCAAAACUAUGGUAGAGAGAACUGCAUUUUUCCUGGCAAGAGAAGGGUUGGAGACUGAGAGGAAGGUCACAGACAAAUAUGAGAAUGAAGCAAUAUUCAGCUUUUUGAAUAGCUCUGAUCCUUAUCACGCGUUUUACCAGCAUAGGCUUACUGAGUACCGUGCUCAGAAUCAAGAUGGAGCUCAGGCUACUGGUUCAGAUGCUACACCAACUACGAAUCCAGGAUAUGGUGAUUCACGGACCUUUCUUCCAGCAGAAUUCAUGGUUCCUCCUCCGCCCCUAGAAUCUCACAAGUUUGCGUAUAGACUUCCUGUAGGGAUGACGCCUGAGGAGCUUGAUAUUAUUAAGCUCACGGCGCAGUUUUUGGCGCGGUAUGGGAACGUGUUUUGGGAGGGUUUCAAGAAAAGUGUGAGUAUGGAUCCUCAGUUUGAGUUUAUUAGGAAUCCAACUGAUGGCAGGUUCACUCUUUUCAGUGGACUUGUUCAAGCGUACGGGGAAGUUUUAUGUCCUCAAAUCUUGAAAGAAAAGCUGAGAAAGAAGGCGGCCGCUGAUAUGGAGACCAUUCUUGAGAACUGUUUCCAUCGUGUUCAAUGGGAUCGUUCCAGAAGGAGCAUUGGGAGAAGAAACGGAAGGAGCAUGGGGAGAAAGAAAGUGGCAAGCGAGAGGAGAAGGAUACGGAUCCAGGAUUUGCACAUUUUUUAGUGAUGAAGCAAUUUGCUCUUCGUCCACCAAAAUCAUUAGAGCCAAAGAGACAAACGUGUGACGAGUCAGCCCUUGUUCCGGAAGACGAGUUUCUUGCUCAACAUCCGGGUUGGGGUAGAGUCAGGAUUUCUGCUCCCCACGCCUUAGAUGCAUACAUGGAGGUCAUGGUGCCGUCGUUAUUGGAAAACGUGGCACGUUUGAAAGAGAAAAUAGCUGUGAUCCUCAGAAUUCCAGCAAGCAAACAGACGUUGAGUGGGAAAGCUGGCGUUUUAAAGGACGAUAUGUCACUUGCAUAUUACAAUGUGGGAGCACAAGAAGUCUUAACUUUGUGUUGGGAAUUGUGAAUUAACGCUUGCUGGUGGAUGAAGCUUUUAUAAACUUGGUGGCCAAAUAUACGAAACGAUUAUUACUGAUUUUAAAAUUUUGUUUUGGCUCUGUAAAUCUUUAAAAUUAGAAACCUUUGAUAUGUGGAAAAAAUCUUUCCCUUC